UGCACGCGCAGGGGGCGGCGCACGAGCCUUUGCACACGCGUGUGCGAUUCACCGCCCCUCACGCUCCCCCCCCCUCCGCCCCGCCCCCCGUCGCCAGGCAACGCGUUGCCGGGGCAGCGCGAGGGUGACUGACAGCUCCGGCCGCCACUCACCCCUGCCCCGCCUGGCCUCGCCCCCCGGCCGGCCACAGCCUCUCCAUUGGCCUGGCGGCGCGUAAAGGGGCGGAGAGCUGAAUCUCAUUAGGAGACGGGACGGCGGUGGAUUGGCGGCCCGAGCGGCCAAUAGGGAGCGGGGGAGGGCGGGUUGUUGCGCCACGCCCCCGGUGGGCUGAGGCGCGCGCGAGCCGGCCGCGACGGGCGGGAGCGGCGCUGAGGGAAGCUCCCUCCCGAUUGGCUGCGACGCGCGUGCCGGCCGCCGUGGGCGGGAGCUGCGCUGAGGUAAACUGCCUUCUGGUUGGCUGAGAUGCUCGCCGGCCGCGGUGGGCGGGAGAGGCGCUGAGGGAAGCUCCCUCCCGAUUGGCUGGGCCGCGGUGGGCGGCGGACGCUCACUCGAUUGGCCGCCAUCCGGGGAGCGGGUUCCGCGGUUCGGGCCGGGGGCGCGAUGGCGGCGGCGCUGGAGCGGGCGCUGGGCUCGGUGCCGGCGGUGCCGGCGGCGGAGCCGGUGCCGGCGCUGGUGCUGGGCCCGGCGGGCUCGGGCCGGACGGCGCUGCUGCUGCGGGCGGCACUGGCGGGGGGCGGCGACGGGCCCCGCGUUCUCUUCUUGGCGCCCAGCGCGCUCCCGCGGCUUCCAGGCGGCGGCGACGGCAACGACCGGCGGGCGCUGCAGCGGCUGGAGCUGCGGUACCCCCCAUCCCUGGGGGCGCUGGGGCGGGAGCUGGGGGCAGUGGGGGCCUGGCCCCGGCCCCCCGGGCUGCUGCUGCUGGACGGGCUGGAGCGGUACUUGGGGGGGGCCCCGGGGGCACUCGCCCGCCUGGCUGCCCUGCUGCUGGAGGCUGCCCGCUCCCCCGGGCCCCCCCGGCCCCCCGCCCAGGUCCUGGCCUCCCUAUGCCUGCCCCCUCCCGGCCCCCACGUCCUGCCGGCCCUGCGGCGCUACUUCCCCGCCGAGUGUCGCCUGCGCCCCGUGCCCGGGGUCCCACUUCACCUCUGUGCCCGCCUCGCCUGCCCUGGGGCCCCCCCUCGCUGCUGGCACCUCCACUUCAGCCCCCACGGGCAGCUCCGCGUGGCCCCCGCCGACGCCGGGGACAGCGAGGGGGACGAGGACGCCCAUCCCGAUGGGGACGAGGACAGUGACGAAGCUUGGGGCUGAGCCUGGACGCCACCACCAGCCCCCCCAAAAGGGGGUGACCCAGAGCCCCCACGGUGGACGUCAGGGUGACGCGGACGCCGGGGGGAUCCUGGCCACCACCCAAGGGUGACGCCGCUCCUGGACCUUGGGGCCACGGACAGUGAAAGGGGCCCCGGGCGUCAGGUGCCCCCCACCAUGGGCCCCCCCAGAGCCCUGCCUGGCACCUGGGGAGCACUGAUAAGCCUUAUCAGCCCCCCCGGGGUGGGAGGGGACCCAGGCGUCCGGCGGAGCACCCCGCACCCCGCCCAGAGGGACCGAGGUGUCCGGUGGGGCCCAGUGCUGCUUUAUUGUAAAAAAAAAAAAACAACCCAAGGAAUUAAAACCAAAACAAAACCCCAAAACACACACAAUUGGGUGCCCCCGUGGGGGAGGGGGUGACCCCCGUGUCCUCCCACCUCCGGGGACGCACAACCACGGGGACGGUCCCCGUGCGAGGGGGGCCCCCCCCCGUGUCACCGGGGUCCCGGUGGGACGUGUUCCCUCUGCGCCGUCUCCCCGCGUCGCGGCCCCUCUGCCGUGACGUCGCCGCGCCUCCAUGUGACGUCACUGUGACGCAGCCUCUCUGCCGCGGUGUGACGGCAUCCCCGUGUGAUGCGUCCCCGCUGGCGGGAAGUCACGGUGUCUCCGUGUGACGUCGAGUGUGACGCGUCCCCUCCGUCGGGGUGUCGCAAUGUGUCCGUGUGUCAUGGCCGCUCCGUCUUGCUGUGCCACGAGGCGACGCGUGCCCUCGUGCUGCGGCGUGUCUGUCUGACGUUGCCGUGACGCGUCCCCUCUGUCAUGAUGUCAUAGCAUCUCCGCGUGACAUCACUGUGACACCUCCCCCGUGUCGUGGUGUCACGGUGCCUCUGUGCGACAUUGCUGCGAUGCGUUCCCUCUGUCGUGACGUCACAGAGCCUCUGUGUGACAUCACUCUGACGCAUCCCGUCCGUCGUGGUGUCACGGUGUCUCCAUGUGACAUGUCCCCUCCACCACGAUGUCAGGGUGCCUCCACAUGACAUCAGUAUGACAUAUCCCCUUUGUCGUGAUGUCAUGGCAUCUCCAUACGACAUCGCUGUGAUGCAUCCCCUCUGUCGUGAUGUCACGGCAUCUCCAUGAGACAAGUCCCCUCCACCAUGAUGUCAUGGCGCCUUCACGUGACAUUAGUAUGACAUGUUCCCUCUGUCGUGACGUCACGGCAUCUCCAUAUGACAUUGCUGUGACGUAUCUCCUCUGUCAUGCUGUCAUGGCAUCUCUGUGACACGUCCCCUCUGCCAUGAUGUCAUGGUGCCUCCACGUGACAUCAGUAUGACACGUCCCCUCCGCCACGAUGUCUCGGUAUCGCAGUAUGACAUGCCCCCGCUGUCGUGACGUCACGGCCUCUCCGCGUGACAUCAGGGUGACACGUUCCCCGUGAUGCAUCGCCCCCGUCGCGGCGUCUCCGUGCGUGACAUCAAAGUGACGCGGCCCCUUCCUGCGUCCCCCCGCCCCCGCUGCGGGGGUGCCCCCAGCCCCUCCCCCCCGUUAGGAGCAGAGCACGUAGGGGGGGGCCGGGGUGGGGGGGGCCGGGGUGGGGGGGCCCAGCGCGAGGGGGUCCCCAUCGCUGCUGGUCCCGUCGGGGGGGGGCCCUUUGUGGGGGGCCAGGUUGGCAUAGGGCCCGCGGGGCGGGGGGCUGCCGGGGGGGGCCCCCGGGGCAGGGGGCUGCCGGGGGGGCCCCGCGGGGGCAGAGCAGGGCCGAGCCAGGGUCGAAGAGGGUGUACUCGAAGCUGGAGGCGGGCGAGGGGCCGGGGGGCGGGGUGGCGGUGGGGUGGGACCCCUCCGUGGGGGGACCCUUGCCCAGGGGGGGCCCCACCUCCUCCACGGCACUGGGCAGCUCCUCGGCCUCGGGGGCUCCGCCGGGGGGGGCCCAGGGAGCCCCCACCCCCUGGCACAGCCACAGCUGGGGGGGCACAGGGUCAGGCACCUCCGGGGGGGAGGUGACCCCCCCCAGUGCCCCCCCAAACACACCUUUUUAGGGUAGGACCUCCCCCAAGCAUCCCCCCUUUGGGGUAACCCCCCCCAGACACCCCUGC